CCAGGCUGACAUUCAGCUCCUGCCAUGAAGCUUCUGAACAUGGCUGGAUUCUUCGCUCUGGUGCCCACUUUGGUGUCAGCUCUGGAGCCCAUCACCACCUCACUUGCUUUCUGCGGGGCCGCGGUCAUGUGGCAGCUCUUCUCCCCUGCCUCCUGGCUCAAGUGCCGCUUCCUGGAGUGCUGCAAUAUGAAGGACACCCUGGACAUCCCAGCCCUGCAGAUGGCCUUGGAACAGAAAGUCUUUGGGCAGCACCUCGCCACCCAGGUGGUUCUGAAAGCACUGAACACGUACUCCAGAGACAAACAGCCCAGGAAGCCCCUGGUGAUGUCCUUCCAUGGCUGGACUGGCACUGGCAAGUCCUUUGUCAGCAAGAUCAUUGCACAGAACCUGUACCAGCGUCACGAAGCAAGGAGGAGAUUCGUCCAUCAGUAUGACGCAGUCUUGCAUUUCCCACAUGCUGAACAUAUAAAGCAGUAUAAGGAGCAGCUGCAGAAUUGGAUUCGAGGGAAUGUCAGCGUCUGUCCGAGGUCGCUUUUCAUUUUCUCUGAAAUGGACCAGAUGCCGCAUGGUCUGAUUGACUCCAUCAUGCCGUACCUCAGUGAUCGCGAGGCUAUCAAUGGCGUCUACUACGGCAAGGCCAUCUUCCUCUUCCUGAAUAACGCAGGAGGGGAUAAAAUAACAGAGGUGGCGCUCGAUCAUUGGAGGAGGCAGAAGGGAAGAGAAGAAAUUCCCCUGACGGACCUGCAGUCUAUGCUAUCUGCCGAGAUUUUCAAUAACAGGAACAGUGGUUUUUGGAAUAGCAAGCUGAUCCAGAAGAACCUGGUAGAUUAUUUCAUCCCUUUCUUGCCCCUGGAAUAUAAACAUGUGAAAGAGUGCAUCCAAGAGGAGCUGCGCUACCAAGGCCACCAAGAAGAUGAAGACCUCGUCAUAAAGAUUGCCUUAGCAAUGUCCGACUAUCCCAGUGAAGAUAGAAUCUACUCUAGCAAAGGUUGCAAAACAGUGGCCUCAAAGGUGAACCUGGAUACCUAGAAAGGCCAAGUGCUCAAGGACAAGGAGGAAAAGAAAGCAAGUCUCUUUCUCCUUCUCCCACCAGUAUCUUCUCAGACUGUAAGCUUGUUGGGGCAGGGAACUUCCCUUUAACAUAUCUAAAGCCCGUGGCACACUGGGACUGGAGAGAGAAGAUAACUUCCUCAUCUCAGCAUAAUACAGUACAUCCUUUCCCUACCUUCAAAACAUGCUGCUGUAAGUAAAAUAAAAUUAAUAUGGUAUUUAUUCUUAACUAUC